AGAAAAAAAAAGAUAUCCCUGCCUGCCUCUCGUCUCGUGGACCGGCCGGUGAAGACGCCGGCGCGAGCUCGCACUACCAACAUCGAAUUCAAGCCAGGAGACGCAAAUCCAGCUCCAUCUUGCCUCCACUGCCCGCCCCAGCACGAAGGCUCGUCGGAAUUUCCCAUCUUCCCACUGGUAUGGUUGCAUGAUCUGUCCAGGGGUUGGAUGAAGGAACGAAAGCCGGCGGCCUCCUCCACGCUGUCCCGGAUCCUCGCGACGUGCGCGUCCCAGGCAAAAGAUUAUGGGAGAUGCGUAGCAGCAAAGGUCCCUGAGAUUGAACAUAAUAUGUGUUCUAAAGAGUUUCUAGCACUCAGAGCAUGCAUGCAAACUGCGGUCAAGAAUAAGGCUUGAGUGUGAGUUGCUGUGGCUCUCUGGCUCACUAGCUUAGUCGCUUGAAGUAACAAAAGAGUUCUGCGCAAUCAGAUGCAAGGAGGUCUGGGCAGCCCUGGUGCGCUCUCUCACGCUUAUGUACAACAUCCUCCGCUUCGAUGUGACAUUCCAGAUAUUAGGGGCCUAUUCUAUGAUGAUGCCAAUAAGUUUCUCGUAGCUCCAACAGCUGAUCGGAUAUUAUACUGGAAGAUAGCUCCAUCUGCUCCAUCUGGACCUCCAAACUCUGAUCCAGUUAAUGAAGGCCCUGUCUUAUCAGUUCGAUUUUCGCUGGAUCAGAAAGCAAUAGGGAUUCAACGAUCCAGUAAUGAGGUUGAGUUUAGAAAUAGAGAAACAGGUGAAGCCUGUAGCAAGAAGUGCAGAGCAGAUUCUGAAACCAUACUGGGCUUUUUCUGGACUGACUGCCCCACUUGUGAUGUCAUAAUAAUAAAAACAAGUGGCCUAGAUCUGCUUGUAUAUGAGCCUCAAUCAAAUGCUCUUCGCUUGGCGGAGUCAAAGAAGUUCAAUGUUACCUGGUAUCUUUACACUCAUGAAAGCAGGUUGCUUCUUCUUGCCUCUGGCAUGCAAUGUACACUGUUUACUGGAUAUCAGUUUUCUGCUGGUGGGAUUGUGAAAUUGCCUAAGUUUGAGAUGACGAUGUCUAAAUGCGAAGCAAAUAACAAGCCUGUCCUAGCUGCUGCUGAUGUUCACAUUGUAACUGUGUAUGGUAGGAUUUACUGCUUGCAGCUCGAUAGAGUUAACAUGGCAUUGAACUUGUACCGUUUCUACCGUGAUGCUGUUGUGCAACAGGCUACUCUGCCAACUUAUUCAAGCAGAAUUGCAGUUAGUGCAGUUGACAAUCUAAUCAUGGUCCAUCAGAUAGAUGCAAAAGUUGUCAUACUAUAUGAUGUGUUCAUGGAUUCUUACACACCAAUAUCUGCACCACUUCCGCUCCUAGUGAGAGGACUGCCCAGCAAUAGUAGGCAAGCAGCUCAAACCGCAGAUCACCAAUCAAGUGCAUAUGGCGGGACUUUAUAUGGAGAAGGCUGGAACUUUCUCAUUCCUGACCUUAUCUGUGAUGCUGAUAAUGGGCUAUUGUGGAAACUUCAUUUAGACCUGGAGUCUAUUGCUGCUAGCACUUCUGAUGCUCCUUCGAUUUUGGAAUUCCUUCAGAGACGAAAGUAUGACCUGAGUACGGUUAAGACACUUAGCCUUGCUAUAAUUCGAACAAUCAUCCUGGAAAGGAGGCCAAUAAAUUUGGUUGCCAAGGCAAUGGAUGUCAUUCUUGAUUCAUACUCCCGUUUGAUGAAAAUGGGAGGCAGUGCUGCUGGGGCUAGGAGGACAUCUGAGCAAAACGAUCAGUCAAGUGGUCAGCCUGUUGAGGGCUCCCGUGUGGUUUCUCAGGAACCACCUUCUGGAACCAUGAAUAGACCUGUUCUCCACACAGAUUCAGCAAUUGAAGUCGAGUGUAGACCUGAGGAUGGAAUUACUAACCUGGCAGCACAUGUAGAUAGGACAAUUUUAAAUGCAUCUUCUGAUUCUGAAGAUAUUGCCAAUACAUCGAGAGCACCAAGUCAGGCAACAUCUGGUGCCACCAGCAAAAGGCCGCAGGUUCUAGGUGAGGAUAGCAGACCAUUGGCUUCUGGUGCAUCAAUGCAGCCUGGAACACAUGUCGCUUCUGUGACAAUUUCACCAAUUGAAAUGUUCCAGUCUGUCUUUCUUCUCGUUGAAGAUGAAAUGAUGGGUGACCCUGCAUAUCUUAUUGUUGUCAUCAUGGAGUUUUUACGAAGCAUGUCAAAGGCUGGGCUGAAGGCUCCUCCCAACCUUUAUGUGAUGUUGACUACUUUGCUGGCCCGCAGCAACCGUUAUGCUGAAAUAGCACUGUUUGUAUCAAACAAGAUCCUAGAGCCCUCCAGGGAACUUGCAAUGCAGCUUGUUGAACUGGGCCGACAACAUUCGCUGACAAGGAAGUUGGGCGUGGACAUGCUGCGGGAGAGGUGCCUGCACCAUGAUUAUGUGGCUGUAUUACUCCAAGAAGGGUACUACCUGGAGGCUCUACGGUACGCUAGAAAAUAUAAGGUUAUCACCGUGCAGCCUGCCCUAUUCUUGGAGAAAGCCGUAGCCAAGGACAGUGCGCGGGACGUUGCUGCUGUGCUGAGCUUCUUCUCCGAGUCAAUGCCAAACUUCAAGACGACGUCGGACUAUGGCAGAUAUCAGCAUGUACUGUCCGAAAUGGUUUGAAGUUUGAACAACUUUUCUGCCCCAAGCUGUUAGCAGGCUGUAUGGAUGCAUCCCUGCUUCUCUCCUGUGAGAAUUUCUAAGUUUUUUAAACUGAUAACUUAGUUCUUCCCUGUCUGAAUGAUUAUACAUGCAUCAAUAUUUCAUCGGUAAUAAAAUAAGCUGGUAUGAGGUCCCGCUUGAUUCA